AUGGUCGACGAUACCUACUAUAUCACUGUCCAUGAGGCUGCGCUGGCCGUUGUGGCCACUGCUAUGAAGAAAUCAAGACUCAGGCCACAUUUGUUGGUCAUCAACUCAAUUAUGGGAGCUUUUCUUUUCUGUGCCGGUGGAAUGCUCGAUCUGAUGGUACAAUCGUUGAACCCCGGUUUGAUGAACAACGGGUACGCUGGAAUUGUGAGUCUGUUGCAAGGAGCUGUUUACUCAAUCGGGUUGUUUUUUGUCAUCACUAUGGGAAUGGAGCUAUUCAACUCCAAUGUGCUAUUUUUCUCGGUGGGGGUGUUACAGGGUGCCGUCACCAUAAUGGAUCUGAUUGUGAGCUGGAUGGUGUCGUUGUGGGUGAACCUAGCGUCGACGGUCUUUGUUGUUUAUGUCUUUGGUCAUGUUUCCGGGGUUACUUCCAAAGGAGAUUUUGUCGAAGGAUCCAGGACGAUUGCUGAAUUUAAGGAGUCUUUCAGUUUCAUGCAAACGUUCCUCAAAUCAAUCGCAGGAAACUUCUUUGUGUGUCUCGCAGUGUAUUUACAAAUCAUGGUGAAGCCGCUACAUGUCAAGUUUUUGAUGAUCUUCCUGCCAAUUUUCACAUUCGUUGCUUUUGGCUUCACUCAUGUGGUGGCAGAUAUGUUUUUGAUUCCUGCUGGCUUGUUCAACAAAUGUUCUUUUGGCUGGGGCCGGUAUUUUUGGAAACUGUUUCUGCCUGCCAGUCUGGGAAACAUGAUCGGAGGCUCUUUCUUUGGAAUGAUGAUUCCAUGGUACUUGCAUCUGGUUGUGAUCGAACAGGAUAGACAGAACCUGCAUCUUCCGGACUACGACGAAAGAGACGAGCAACCACAGCUCAACAUGGAUUCGAGAGUUGUCCGCACUCCAAGACACUCGACCGCAGCAUCGAUCUCCACCCACAACUCCCAGGUGGAGGACUACUCCCCGCUGGAGAGGAUGCAGUCUCCAAAGGGAGUUUUCCCCGUGUACGACAUGGGAGAUGCGCCCGAGCGCGAACGCAGCAUUGCCGACCCGCCAGAAGGAGGCGUCGGUUUACAGAAAGUUCUCACCAGGGCCAGCUGGCGUCGUCGUCAGCCGGAUAUAGAGGCCCAACGCGGUGUGAACACACAAACAGAAACCGACUCUCUUGGUGGACGUAUCGCGAGACAUUUUAGCACAUCCAGCGCGUUGGAUGAUCGUGCUACCAUGCGUCAACGACUGCAGGCUGCCGGCGUGACACGAAAGAUCGCCAACUACUCGAACGACAUUGCUGGUAUCCACCAGGAUUCGAUCGUGUCCAACAACGAUGCGCCGAACAGAAACGUCAGAAAGCCAUCUGACAACAUCGACCCGGCCCAAUCGCCCGAGGACAGCUCGCUUUCAGAUGAAAAACACGAGUCCGCGGAUUAA